AUGAAUCCACACGAGGAGCGGAGUAAAUACGAGGGUACAGAGAACAGCACGACUCAUACCCCUCCAAACACAUCUCAACCUGUUGUCAGCGACCGUAAAAAGGUCCUCAUCGUUGGCGCUGGCUCGGCUGGUCUCGCGCUAGCCCAUGGAUUGAAAAAGGCCGGGAUCCCUUUCUUAAUUUUCGAAAAAGAAGAAGCACCGACUCGCAAACGAAACUGGAGUAUAGGACUGCACUGGGGCUACGAACCACUGCAAUACCUCGUACCCGCGGAUAUUUUGGCCGGACUCAAGCAGGCGCAGGUUGACCCGCACAUCCCCACCACGCACAAUGACAGACUGCCCAUGAUCAAUGGUGAGAGUGGAGCUCUUAUCACCGAGCUGAAGUCGUCCAAAGUGUACCGUCUGCGCCGAGACAAAUUCCGGGCAAUGUUGCUUCAAGGCAUCGACGUACGUUGGGGGAAGCGUCUCUGUGAUAUCACUCAAUCUCCUGCCGGCGAACAUGUCACUGCGAAGUUCACGGACGGCACAGAGGUGAUUGGUAGUCUUCUCAUUGCGACCGACGGUCCACACUCGACCACACGUACACUGCUGCUCGGCGAAGAAGCCGCCAAAGUAACACCGAUUGAUUACGCCGCAACUAUAUGUUUCACUCAGCAUACGCGUGAGCACGCCCUGUUUCUACGUGCCCAUCCCCACCAUCCGGUUCACCAGGUCGGUCCUCAUCCUGAGGGUUAUUGUGGCUGGAUGAACCUCCAUGACGGAGACGAUAUAGACCAUCCAGAAAACUGGAUUUUUACCCACUACAUCUCCUUCCCAGAACCGCGCGACUAUGUCAAUACACGAACCAUGCGAGAACACGCUGUCCACCAGAAGGAGUUGGCCCGUCGUUUUGUCGACCCCUGGCGCAGUGCCUUUGAGUGGAUGUCCCCCGAUAACGAGGUCUGGUAUUCCAAGCUUCGAAACUGGGACCCAAGUCUCCCGGAGCAUCGGUGGGAUAAUCAACAAGGCCGGGUAACUCUGGCGGGUGAUGCUGCCCAUCCGAUGACUUACCAGCGUGGCCAGGGGCUCAAUCACGCUAUGAAGGACGCUUACACUGCAUGCAAGGCAAUUGAGUCAUUCUGGAAUAAGGGUGACUUCACCACGGAGGAACGUGCCAAGGCUAUACAGAUGUACGAGAAGGAGAUGAUCAUGCGGACAGGGGAGGAAGUUCGUUUGAGCGAGGAGACCACUCUAAAAAUGCAUAAUUGGUCCAAAAUUAUGCAAAGUCCCCUGGUGCAAAACGGAAUGACAGUCAAGUCUAAGUAA